ACAGCGCGCUGACACGUGACGCGAUACUCUGGUUUCACGGCCGCUCCGGGGGGGACUGCUGUUUGCGACGGGCUUUGACAAUUUCUCACGAAGUCACGCUUGCUUCGAAAGCUUGCUGUUAGCAUAAGUUAGCAUAAGUUGUUGCUGUUAAGUUAGCGUAUAGGUUUUGCUGCUAAAUUUCGACUACAGUUAUGGCUGCAAAUGUAGGAAACGAUAACUUGUCAGCUGUUCUCUACCAAAAAAACGACCUACGCCUGGAACAGCGAGUCAUUCCAGAGCCAAAAGAUGAUGAAGUGCAGAUCAGGGUGCAUUCUGUCGGCAUUUGUGGCUCGGACGUGCACUACUGGGUUAAUGGCGCCAUCGGAGACUUUAUCGUGAGGAAGCCCAUGGUACUGGGUCACGAGACAAGUGGCACGGUGUCAAAAGUUGGGAAGAAUGUGAAGCAUCUCAAGCCAGGAGAUAGGGUGGCAAUAGAGCCUGGUGUACCAUGCCGGACGUGCGAGUUCUGCAAGACUGGCCGAUACAACUUGUGCCGGGACAUUUUCUUCUGUGCCACUCCACCGGAUCACGGAACGUUGACCAGAUAUUACACACACGCAGCUGACUUCUGCUUCAAGCUUCCCGACAAUGUGUCUUAUGAAGAAGGUGCAUUGCUUGAACCACUUUCUGUGGCCGUGCAUGCAUGCAGGAGGGCAAACAUUCGGAUUGGCAACACUGUCCUAAUAUGUGGAGCAGGUCCCAUAGGGCUCGUUAAUCUUGUGACUGCCAAGGCAAUGGGGGCAAGCCAAGUUAUAAUCACUGAUAUUGUCGACCACAAGCUGCUCACUGCUCAAGGCCUGGGUGCGGACGCUGUCAUCAAUGUCAGCGAAAAAUCUAUAGACGUCAUCAAGAGAGAACUCGUAGGCGUUCUCGGGAAUUUGCCCGAUGUCACGAUAGAAUGCACGGGCGCCGAACCCAGUAUCAGGUUGGGAAUGCUGGGUACCAAAUCUGGAGGCACACUAGUGCUUGUUGGCUUGGGUGCCCCUGAAAUCAAGGUCCCGUUGGUCGAUGCGGCUGUUCGCGAAAUUGACAUCAGAGGGAUCUUCCGCUAUGCCAAUUGCUACCCGACAGCACUGGCCAUGAUUUCAUCCGGCAAGGUGGACGUGAAGCCACUUGUGACACAUUGCUUCAGGCUGGAGGAAACCAUUGAAGCUUUCACUGUUGCAAAGACAGGGAAGGGAGGUGCAAUCAAAGUAAUGAUUAAGUGUGAUGGCUGAAUGAGUACUGAUAAGGAAGCAUCAAGAAUGCAGUUCGGAACCUUUACUCAUGGGGUUAUAUGGGGCAUUUUUUAAAAAUCUAUUUCAGAUUUUUAAUAAAAGAAGCUAUAAUAGCA